GUCGGGUGCUUUAUCUUCGUUUGCGGCUGGGCUCGCGGCGUUGCGGGCCCUGGCCCCGGGACAUCUUUUGUAGCCGACCUUCCCGCCGCUGUGCAGUGACGGCUUCCCUGCCCGGCCCUCUUUGCCGAAGUCCCCGCAGCCCAGCUGGGCCCCAGCAAAUCAAUGGUGGAUAAAGAGAAGAUGUCUGUAAGAAACCGGCUAUCCAAGUCCAAUGAAAACUCUGAGAAAGAUGAAGACCAGAAAAACCCUACAAAGGAGUCCCUAGAGACUCAUAGAAAUGGUCGAAUUGACAUAAAACAGGUGAUAGCUAAGAAGAGACAGUUGGCAGCAGAGGCAGAGGAAUUAAAGCCACUUUUUAUGAAGGAAGUUGGCAGUCACUUUGAUGAUUUUGUGACCAAUCUCAUUGAAAAAUCUGCAUCAUUAGACAAUGGUGGCUGCGCCCUCACAACUUUUUCCAUUCUUGAAGAAAUGAAAAACAACCACAGAGCUAAAGAUUUCAGAGCACCUCCAGAACAAGGAAAAAUUUUUAUUGCAAGGAGAUCACUUUUAGAUGAGCUGUUUGAAGUGGACCACAUCAGAACAAUAUAUCACAUGUUUAUUGCCCUCCUCAUUCUUUUUAUCCUCAGCACACUUGUGGUAGAUUACAUCGAUGAAGGAAGGCUUGUACUUGAGUUCAAUCUCCUGUCUUAUGCUUUUGGUAAAUUUCCUACUGUUGUUUGGACAUGGUGUAUCAUGUUCCUGUGUACGCUUUCAAUUCCCUAUUUCCUGUUUCAACAUUGGGCCGAUGGCUACAGCAGGAGUUCUCAUCCAGUGAUCUAUUCUCUUGUCCAUGGCUUGAUUUUUAUGGUCUUCCAGCUUGGAAUUCUAGGGUUUGGACCAACAUAUGUUGUAUUAGCAUAUACACUACCACCAGCUUCUCGGUUCAUUGUUAUACUUGAACAGAUUCGUUUGAUAAUGAAGGCUCACUCAUUUGUCAGAGAGAAUGUGCCACGGGUACUGCAUGCAGCUAAGGAGAAGUCGAGCAUGAUUCCAAUACCCACAGUCAACCAGUACUUGUACUUCUUGUUUGCUCCUACCCUUAUCUACCGUGACAGCUAUCCCAGAACUCCCACUGUGAGAUGGGGUUAUGUUGCUAUGCAGUUUGCACAGGUUUUUGGCUGUCUAUUUUAUGUGUACUACAUCUUUGAAAGGCUCUGCGCCCCCUUGUUUCAGAAUAUCAAACAGGAGCCCUUCAGUGCUCGUGUUCUGGUCCUGUGUGUAUUUAACUCCAUCUUGCCAGGUGUGCUGAUACUGUUCCUUGCUUUUUUUGCCUUUCUGCACUGCUGGCUUAAUGCCUUUGCUGAGAUGUUACGCUUUGGUGACAGGAUGUUUUAUAAGGAUUGGUGGAACUCUACAUCAUACUCUAACUAUUAUAGGACCUGGAAUGUAGUGGUCCAUGACUGGCUAUACUACUAUGCCUACAAGGACCUUCUCUGGUUUUUCUCGAAGAGGUUCAAGUCUGCUGCCAUGUUGGCUGUCUUUGCCAUGUCUGCUGUAGUGCAUGAGUAUGCCCUUGCUGUUUGCUUGAGCUAUUUCUAUCCAGUGCUCUUCGUGCUCUUCAUGUUCUUUGGAAUGGCAUUCAACUUCAUUGUUAAUGAUAGUCGGAAAAGGCCAAUUUGGAACAUUAUGGUGUGGGCUUCCCUUUUCUUGGGCAAUGGAGUCAUUUUGUGCUUUUAUUCUCAAGAAUGGUAUGCACGUCAGCACUGUCCUCUGAAAAAUCCAACAUUUCUGGACUAUAUCCGGCCACGUUCCUGGACUUGCCGUUAUGUGUUUUAGAAGCCUGGACUAUUUCCAUCCUCAUCACUGAAGAUAGGAUAUUCUGCCUGAUUUGGGGACAGCUGUAUAAUUUGGACUAUUCCAGGCUUUACAGAUGGCUCACUCCAUUCCUAGCUCUCCUGGUGCUGGAUUGUUGGGAGUUCACUGGAAUCUUGUAUGCUUAAGAGGACUUUUUUCCCCUUUUUGGGAGAAGGGAGACUUAUAGCUGAGGUAAUGACAGAUUUUUGCUGGGUCAUCUCAGCUUAAGCCUUGGUAAUUAUAUCUGUUUUAUUCCUUCACUUCAUCCAAUCAGAGACUAAACAUACUUGUGUGGCCACUGAGUUAGCCAAAACACUUAGGAAGUAUCUCACUUUAAGUAUCUCUGGCUUAGAGUUGUUUUCAUACAUGUUGUUGGAAGGUAUUUUAAUUAAACAUGCAAUUGGAGAAGAAAGGAAAAUAAAGAUUUUUUUGGUAUUUCUUGUAGAAAAGAAAAAAAUAUCAAUUUUCCAAAGAUAAAUUUGUUAUACAUUCCAUUUUAUAUUUUUUUAAAAGUUCAGAUCUACUCAGUUUUUCUUUCUCUAUACAAUAUUGUGAAGCAAUUAGCUGCCUUUCACCUUGAAUUCUCGAGUUUAUGUCAGUCACAGUAUAUAUUUGAGGGGAUCAGAAGUAGCACAAGAACAUUUCUUUGUUUGAUUCCAGAGUAAUUUAAAAAAAAAUUUCUGAGUCAAUGAUGUGUUUCAAUUACAUGGAAGGUUUGUUAACUUUAAGGUAAUAACUUCUUUGAAGUUAUUUAGAAGUAUCCUUUGCUGCAAUUAUUUUAUUUUCUAAUAAACAGUGACUUCCCUUA